AAAUUGCAAUUUUUAAACGCGAAGGCAAUGUUCGGUUAUGGCGUUAGACCAGCAGUGGAAAAUGAAUUUCCAUUUGUCGUAUGUAUCUUAAAGUAUGAUCCUCUACAAAAUUGGGACUAUAAUCUAUUAUGUACGGGAAUGUUUAUUUCUACGAAUUACAUUUUAACAGCUGAACAUUGUUUUAUUGUAUCAAGCCAUUAUCAAAUUGAAAUGACUGUCGGUGGUUAUAUUCUCGACAAUGGCAUUAGAUAUUAUCCGAUAUGGUGGAUAUCGUAUAAUCAGUGGAUGGCUAAUACCAAUCAAGUUCACACGGAUCUAUUCAAUGAUAUUCUUAUAGCAAGGAUAUUCGGAUUGCCAUUUACAUUUGAUAUACCGAUUUCGUUGGACUACAUUCAUCCAGACAAUGUGGAGGAAUCUUCAAUUUUUAACGUAGUAGGUUGUGGUAGACUCGAAGAUGAACGAUUGCCGACAAUAUUGAGAACAGCAUCUCUUCCAAUUUUAUCCAACGUAAUGUGUAUAAAUAAAUUAUCGAAUGUAGUGGGAGCAUAUAUUUAUUUGGAUAAUAAAUAUUUAUGUACCUAUAAUAACCCGUACACUCUGUUGCACGAUGGGGAUAGUGGUGGUCCGCUAUUACAUAAUGGUAACAUUGUAGGAGUGAGCAUUGCAGUAUGCCCAAACAUACAAAACAUAAAUAAUUCAGAUCAAGUAAACAUUCAUCUAAGUUUUUAUCAUUAUUACAGUUUUAUAAAUUCUUUAAUUUUAUUAGCAUAACAUUACACACG